AAACCCAUUUAUGGCGGCUGGCUGCUGCUGGCCCCAGAAGGAACGGAUUUUGACAACCCUGUCCAUCGCUCCCGGAAAUGGCAGCGUCGGUUCUUCAUCCUCUACGAGCACGGGCUGCUGCGCUACGCCCUCGACGAGAUGCCGACAACCCUUCCACAGGGCACCAUCAACAUGAACCAGUGCACAGAUGUGGUGGAUGGGGAGAGCCGGACAGGGCAGAAGUUCUCCUUGUGCAUCCUGACACCAGAGAAGGAGCACUUCAUCCGGGCUGAGAACAAGGAGAUCAUCAGUGGGUGGCUGGAGAUGCUGAUAGUCUAUCCAAGGACAAACAAGCAGAAUCAGAAGAAAAAGAGGAAGGUAGAACCCCCAACUCCCCAGGAGCCCGGUCCUGCUAAGAUGGCCGUGACCAGCAGCAACAUCCCUAGUGCAGAGAAGGUCCCUGCCACCAAAUCCACGCUUUGGCAGGAAGAAAUGAGGGGCAAGGACCAAGCGGAUGGCGGCAGCAGCAUCAGCCCAGCGCAGAGCCCCGUGCAAGGCCAGGCCGGGGCUGCCAGCUCCCUGAAGGAUCCUGUGCUGGACAGCAAGGAAGAUGAGAGCUCCAUGAAUGGAGACCGGAUAGACUGUGGGCGGAAGACGCGUGUCGAGAGCGGGUACUUUUCCUUGGAGAAGACCAAGCAAGACUCGAAGCUGGAAGAGCAGCAGCUGCCACCCCCGCCGAGCCCACCCAGCCCCAGCACCCCGAACAACAGCUUCUCUCUGAACUCCUUGGACUCGAAGAGCAGUUGCCCCAUGCACAAGGACUCCAGCAGCAGAGAUGUAGGAAGGGGAGCUGAAAAAUCGGGGCGUCCCCUUUCUUUUAAAGCCAGCCGGCAGUACACCACCUUGGCCGACGUUCCCAAGGCCAUUAGGAUCAGUAAUCGUGAGGCCUUCCAGGUGGAGAGGAAGCGGCUAGAGCGGAGAACCCGGGCCCGUAGCCCUGGGAGAGAAGAAGUGGCCCGGCUCUUUGGCAAUGAGAGAAGGCGAUCCCAGGUAAUUGAAAAAUUUGAGGCAUUAGAUAUUGAGAACGCGGAACACAUGGAAACGAAUGUGUCAGCUGGUGCUGCCCUUUCCAGUGAGACGCGGCAGGGCAGGAGCGAGAAGAGGGUUUUCCCACGGAAGCGGGACUUCACUUGCGAAGGUGCAGCUGUGGGCUCCAUCCUGGAUGUGUCUGCGUCUCCUCUGUCCCCGCAUCGCCGGGCAAAGUCACUGGACAGAAGGUCCACAGAGUCCUCUAUGACGGUGAGCUGCUGCGGCUGUGUCCUCUGCCUUGGGGGAGCACGUGAGAGGCCCUUCCUGGGCAGCCUGUUUUACUUCAAGAAGGGCUGGUUGACAAAGCAGUACGAGGACGGGCAGUGGAAGAAGCACUGGUUUGUGCUGACCGACCAGAGCCUGAGAUACUACCGGGAUUCGGUGGCGGAGGAGGCAGCUGACCUAGAUGGAGAAAUCGAUUUAUCAACAUGCUAUGAUGUUACUGAGUACCCAGUUCAGCGAAACUACGGUUUCCAGAUCCACACGAAGGAAGGAGAGUUCACCCUCUCUGCCAUGACGUCGGGCAUUCGCCGCAACUGGAUCCAGACCAUCAUGAAGCACGUUCGCCCCACCACUGCUCCUGAUGUAACAAGGAAUAUGAAAUACGUUCCUAUACCAAGGCUCCUCUGGAUUCCCACCAG